ACGGCUGCAUGAACUGUUUCGUCAACCUGGGACUCAACUCGAACUCGAACCACUACGUCGCCUGCCUCCUCAUCUUCCUGCUGCAUUUCUCCCCUCAGUUGUUAAAUCCGUCAAAUUCUAAUUCAAGUAGUAAUCGUGAAGGAGAAGAACAGAGCUGCACAGAUGGCGAACAACAGUUCAUAUGGUGAAAAUGUUAGGAGAAAGUCCCACACACCAUCUGCUAUUGUUAUUGGUGGUGGAUUCGCAGGGCUUGCUGCUGCUGAUGCGCUCAGGAAUGCAUCAUUCCAGGUUAUUCUUCUGGAAUCCCGUGAUAGGAUAGGUGGCAGAGUUCACACUGACUACUCUUUUGGGUUUCCUGUCGAUCUGGGAGCAUCUUGGCUUCAUGGCGUCUGUGAAGAAAAUCCCUUAGCACCAAUAAUUGGAAGGCUUGGACUUCCAUUGUAUCGCACGAGUGGAGAUGAUUCUGUUCUGUUUGAUCAUGAUUUGGAGAGUUAUGCACUCUAUGACACUAACGGGCAUCAAGUACCACAAGAGUUAGUAGAAAAGAUUGGGAAGGUGUUUGAGGCCAUACUGGAAGAGACUGGCAAAUUGAGGGAACAAACCAAUGAAGAUAUGUCUAUUGCAAAAGCCAUUGCAAUUGUUAUGGAUAGAAAUCCACACUUGAGGCAAGAAGGGAUUGCUCAUGAAGUUUUUCAAUGGUAUUUGUGCCGUAUGGAAGGAUGGUUUGCCACUGACGCUGAUUCAAUCUCACUACAGGGUUGGGACCAGGAGGUGCUGCUUCCAGGUGGCCAUGGCCUCAUGGUUCGUGGAUAUCGUCCGGUUAUAAAUACCCUGGCAAAAGGCUUAGAUAUACGCCUCAACCACAAGGUUGUUGAAAUUGUUCGCCACAGGAACAGGGUUGAGGUUACUGUAAGCAGUGGCAAAACAUUUGUUGCAGAUGCUGCAGUAGUCGCUGUUCCGUUGGGUGUCCUGAAAGCAAACACUAUUAAAUUUGAGCCGAGACUGCCACAGUGGAAGGAAGAAGCAGUUAGAGAACUUUCAGUUGGAAUUGAGAACAAAAUUGUUCUUCACUUCAGCCAGGUUUUCUGGCCUAACGUGGAGUUCCUUGGGGUCGUUUCCUCCAGCACGUACGGAUGUAGCUAUUUCCUUAACCUUCACAAGGCAACAGGUUACCCUGUUCUCGUUUAUAUGCCUGCUGGUCGCCUUGCUCGUGACAUUGAAAAGAUGUCUGAUGAGACAGCAGCCCAAUUUGCCUUCUCCCAGUUGAAGAAGAUCCUUCCCAAUGCAGCUGAGCCGAUAAAUUACUUGGUGUCACACUGGGGCUCGGAUGAGAACACACUUGGUUCCUACACUUUUGACGGAGUGAAUAAGCCCCGUGACCUGUACGAGAAGCUGCGCAUCCCUGUGGACAACCUGUUCUUUGCAGGGGAGGCCACAAGUGUCAAGUACACUGGCACAGUGCAUGGCGCCUUCUCCACUGGUCUCAUGGCAGCUGAGGAGUGCAAGAUGCGGGUUCUGGAGCGGUUCAGGGAGCUGGACAUGCUGGAGAUGUGCCACCCUGCCAUGGGCGAGGACAGCCCUGUCUCUGUCCCACUGCUCAUCUCUCGGCUCUAAGCGGAUCAGCAGUUGUUUAUGGGAUUAGCACCUGCGAGUAUGUUGGACAUCCCACUGAUUGCUCAAGGGAGGCAGUGCAAGGAGAAAGAAUCUCCUCUUGCUUCUCCCCUGCAUGAGGCAUGUGUUGACAUUACUUGUGCGGUGUGCUAUAUUAAUCUUAUCUGUAUGGGAACCCUUAUGUAUAUUGGGGUCUGUGUUUGAUCAAGUAACACGAGCUAUCGGGCCAUCUUUGUAGAAGAUGCCUUAUGUAUGAUGAACACUGUAAUACACAUAUGUUUGGAGUGAAGUGGUUGACUGGCUGAUAUCUCUCUGCCGCCCAUUACUGGCUCUGAGAUCAGAUGAUAUGUUUGAACUUGC